AUGGCAAGCAAACAUAAAACUCCUGAUAAAAUUGAAGAAAUAAGCUUAUAUAAUUUUUCACUAUUUUGUCAAGAGUCCCUCGCGAAAAGAUCAGAAACACUUACUUGGGAGGAUGUUAUAGUU